CAUUUAUAAAUUUGUUUCUAUGUUUCUUUAAAAUUAGAAAUAGUCGGGAUUUCAUACCUGCAUUUGUAAGUUGUAACUCGGUAACUCCAUAGCCGAAAUGAAAUCCCUCAAACAAGUAAAUCACCAUCUUCAGUUCCUCUCAAACCCAUCAAAACCCUUUGCAAUCUACCCUUUCGCUCGACAAUUCUGUGCAUCAUCUUCCUCAAGUGAAAUAGAAAAAUCAAAAAAUUCAGAACUAUCAUUAACCCAACAAGAACUAACCAAAAUUAACCUCUUAAUACCUCGUCUAUGUCUCUCAGACCAUCUAACCACGGCAAUCCACUUAACCACAACGUCCCUUCUCACAAACCCACCUCAAAAGUCCAUUUCUUUUUCCAUUCUCAUUCACUUUCUCACUUCCCAACCUGACAUGGCCAAAUCCAUGUCAUUUCUCACCAUUCUUAGGCACACCCCACAAGUCCAUUGUCAUCUUACACCUAUCACUACAAUGCUUAUCACCUCUUAUGUUAAAAAGAGGAGACCCAAAGAGGCUUUGAAAGUGUAUCAAUGGAUGCAAAGGCCUGGGUCACCAUGUAAAGUGGAAAGGAUUGUGUAUGAGGUUUUGGUUAACCGAUUCUGUGGGUUUGGGUUGGUUCUUGAGGGUCUAAGGAUUUUGAAGGAUAUGGUGGCUGUGGGUUUUGUGCCUAAGAAUGGGCUGAGGAGAACGGUUUAUAGGAGUUUGUUGAGGGAAGCUAGAGUAGGGAAGGCAGUGGAGUUGAACGAGGCUUUGUAUGGUUGUUUUGAAGAUGAUAAUGGUGAGGGUGUUAAGAAAGUGAGAGAAUUGUUGGAUUCUAUUAUUGGGAAUUGGACAGAGUAAGAACAGGUGAUACAGUGAAUUCUAGGACCUGCUACCCCUCCCUAUUCUUCUUGCUUUUGGAUUCUUCUCUUUGAACAUCUUAUAUAGUGUCAUCCAAGAAUAUUCACGUUUUAAUUCCUGUGCUUUUGUAGAAUAUUUAUCAAGUAUCCAGUGUCCUUUUUUCUGACUUGUGCCUUCUUUGUCUUGGAGCUGUCAAUAGGAAGCAAUUUGCAUGUUUCACAACUUGUAUUGUGCUAUAAAAUUAUAAGCAUAUGCCCUGUUGUAUUUGAUGGCUUUAAUUUUCUGAUUUGGUUGAGUUUGAAGUCCUAUUUUUGCA